AUGUCGAUGCCACUAGCCCCUCAAAUCGCGCCUUUUGACUAUCGACUUGUUCCCGGCUCUAUUCGUAGAAUACCAGAAAGCCGCAUGAAGCACUUUUUUGGAAAGAUAAUUCCAUUGAAGUUCGCUUCGGUAAAGGAUGCUUCGGCUACGUGUCGAGCUUUAGCUAAAGAUUUCGGCUUUACUCUUAAACAAGAAACAAGCUCAAGCAAGAACAUAUACUUGUACUGCUCGCGUGAAGGCAUCCCAGACUCGCGAAAGGGCAAUAAACCCAUAAAACGCAAACGUGCGUCCAUUCGAUGUGAUUGCAAGUGGCGUAUUAUUUUAUUUCAAAACGAUGCUGAUAAGCAAUGGGAAUUUCGCCAAUCACAAAAUCCGCAGCAUUGCGAACACAAUCACGAGCUAAUACCACCAGAACUUAUGCCCAGACCAUGGCCAACCAGCAUGCUGGAGCGUAUCGCCUAUUAUGUCAAUUUGGGCGUGCGUACUAAUGAGAUAAGGACUGCUAUUCAGCGCGAGUUUCCUGACCAGCCAUGGGAUGAAAGACGUUUCUACAACAGGUUGUCCGAUGAGAGGUCAGUCUUUUUUAAUAUCAAAAAGAUUUUUUUGGUAUUUCAAGCACGCGGAUUUGGGUGA